UCGAAAUCUCGUUGCCGUCCUAAGAAAAAGGUCCAUUCCAUCUCUGCUUCAUUGUCUUGAGUGCUAUUGAAAUCAUCGUGUUGAGGGUGUACUCACUCACUCGAUCUCCGCCCAUACACCUACAGCAUGGACGGAUCCACGUUUCUGGCCUCGAUUUCGGCCCUGCGGAAGGCUGAUCCGCCCGUGGGCGUGUCGGCCGUGGGCGACUCACGGAUGGCGUCGCGCUUGAAGCCAGAAAAGGAGGCCACGAGGAUUCAGUUCAACGGGGAAAUCGACACUUUUCCGAUUCGCGGACAUCCUCAGGUGACGAUCGCUCCGUUUUCUCGCGGUGAGCACAACAUGGGUUCGUCGCAAUUGCAAAUGCGCACCCUCGUCAAUUAUGCGUGGGACAAGGCCUAUUAUCCGGGCCGUUUGGUAGCCGUGGACCUGACGGGUCGCUUUUUGGCUUACGCCAUCGUGGUCAAACCGUUAGCCUCCUCCAGUGGCGAUGGUUUGGUCCGGGUGGUCAAACGCAAAGGCCUGGCUGGCAUCGACCAAGUUCAACGCGUCCUCCUCAAAGGUAUGAAGGGCCAGAUCAAGGACGUGGACUUUGCCCAUUGUCGCGAUGAGAGCUCGCGGUCCCUGACCGUGGGUUGCGUCGAUGAGACGGGCCAAGUGUUUGUCUUCCUCGUGGCAGAGAGUCUAGCGGGGGAUUUGUCGCACAGCCUGAUCUUGCAAAUCAAUCCGGAUCCGGCCCGCACCCCCACCGAUCACCAUCGCUUCAUUUGGUGUCCCUAUUUGCCGGAGGAAGACGAUGUGGACGAUUCAACAGCCAAACUCUUUGUGGUCGUACACGGCAACGAGGCCGAGAUGUGUGAUUCCAACACGAUCAUUCAUGCCUACGGACCGGGUCCGCACGUCGCCUCGGAUCUGAAAGAUGGCCGUUUGGUGGUCAAAGAUCAUGGCGGUCAAGCCAUCAUGGAUGCGGCAUUCAGUCCAGAUGGGACCGCCUUGGCUACUGCAUCCAGCGAUGGCGAGGUCUGCUUCUUUCAAGUCUAUAUGCAUGGCUCGGAAUCGCCGCGAUGUCUCCACCAAUGGUCGCCUCAUGAAGGCCAGGCCCUGAGUGGGCUCUUUUUUCUCGAUGAUCACAAGCACUACGACCCUGGGGUUCAGUUUUGGAAGUAUCUGGUCACGACGUGCGAACAUCACUCGGAAUUAAAGAUCUGGUCCUGCGAAUCUUGGACGUGUUUGCAAACCAUCCAGUUCCUCAAGGAUGACAAUGGCGUGGCCCAACGAUUCAAGGCCACGUUGGAUCUGACGGGCAAUUACCUGGUUCUCUCGGACUUGGGUCGCCGUAAUUUGUAUGUCUUGAAGUUCAAAGAGCUGAAUGGAACCAUGGCUUGUGUGAGUGCGUCUGAAUUCGCCACCCCUGCUCCGUUCCUAUCUAUGAGUAUCAUUGAUGCCGGACAGAGAAAGAUCACCGUUGGACACUCAAUUUCGGACGAUGAGCACGAUUCGGAUGACGAAGAUUUCGACGACCAGAACGAAAAGAUCACGAAAGAGGUCACCAUCAUCGAUUUGGUACUGGUCCAGCCCAAAUCGCUCCAGACUUGCCGAAUCACUUUUGAGGAGCCCAUACUGGGAACUGCCAUUCCGGAGGGUAUCAAAUUUGAACCCUUUGACGAAGAGGCUGUCAUUCCCAAAGCUGAAAUCUCAAUCCCAGAUAUUAAACCCGACAUUUCCCUACUCCAAGCUUCCAUCAAGGCCGAGGCUAUUACGUCGCCAUUAGCUGCCACAGGCAUGGCAGAUGCCAAACCCAUCGAGCCUCCAAUGACUCUCAUGUCACCAGAUGCCUUUGCCACACACUCAACAGCCUCCAAAGUGGUCAAGGUCAAGGAAGAGAUCAUCGUGGACGAGAUUUUGGAGGAUGAAAUUCCUCUGAGCACCGAACGGUUGGCUGUUUCCAGCCAAGCCUUGAGAAAUAGUCUCUUUCGAAGUGUCAACAGCUCUCCAUCUCGAGAGGUUCAAGAUAUUCUAGACGAAUCUGAGAAGAACGGUGGUCUUGGCACAGACGUCGUGGUCACUGGGGAAGACUCUGACGAGGACGACGUGGAAGACGAGGAGGACGACGAGGAAGACGAAGACCAAGAGGACGAUGAUGAGAACGAUGCCCGAGACGUGGUCAAUUUCAAAGACAUGCCCGUUCCCAACGUGACGAAAAAGGCCGAUUGGCCCAAUCCCCCGAUCAAGUCUGAGCAAGUCAAACUGAGUCAGAGUUUCGACACGGCUUUUACGGGCAGCUCGAGGACCAAUACGAUGGCUCCAUUGGCGUCCGAUCAAAGUGCAGUCAUGUUGCAAAAGAUGAACGAAAUGAUGUCUUUGAUUCAGUCUCAAAAGGACGAAAUGAAUCGUCUGCAAGAGAGAGUCCGAAUCGCCCAACAAGGCAACAAAAAAGAAGUCGAAACCUUAAUCAAUCAAAGCAACAAGAAGCUCAUGGACGCCAUCAAGAAAGAGCACUCCAAACGGCAUGAUGAUGUCAGUGCUCAAUGGAGCAAGUCUCUGAACUCGAAGCUCGAAACUGUCGUUCGAGCCGAAUUGAAGAAAACCUCCACUCACAUGAUUCACCAGAUCUCCCAACAGAUUCAAGACAGCCUUCAAGUCGAUUUGAGCCAACGAUCCGUCAAAUCGGACCUCGCCUUGAAAGACGCUGUUGGGAAGAUGGUCCAAUCGCGACCCGUGUGCGACAACAUCGGCCAGAGCGUGGCCAAUUCCAUCACGCCAUUCCUUCAAACCGCCUUCAGAAACGCGUUCACCCAUGUGAUCGUGCCCAGUUUCGAAAAGUCCAUUCAAGCCAUGAUGGUUCAAAUCAGCUCGACUUUCAUGAAAGGCGUCAAGGAACAUGAAACUCAACUGAAUGCCCACAUGGCCAAAUUGAGGGAGGAGCAACAUCAAGGCGUGGUCGAGCCUUUGGUCAAGGAGCUCCGAGGAGCUCUUGGGAAUGUCGAUCACAUUGUGACUUCCGUACAGAGAGCCGUGGCUUCGGAGGUGAAUGAGGCCUUCGCCCAAUCGCCAUUGAGAAGCCAAAGUGCCACGCCCUCAAUCACCGGGAGCGCCAACAACCCCGGGAACUCCUUGGUGGAUACUCAACGAACCAUCCAAGGACAUCUGGCCCAGGGUCGGAUUAAUGAGGCCUUCCAAACGGCCUUGUCGGCUAGUAAUUUGGGUGUGGUCAUGCUAACGUGUGAAAUGGUCAAUCCCAUGCAAAUCUUCGCUCAAUCGCCGUGUCCGCUGAGUCAGCAUGUUCUCUUAGCUCUGAUUCAACAACUUGGUCACAAUUUGGAGGAGAAGACCGAGCUGAAGCACAAGUAUUUAGAAGAGGCUGUCAUGAAUUUGGAUCCUGUUAAUAUUGACACGAAGGCCCAUCUGUCGGGCAUCAUGAGCGGACUAUGCAAGCAGUUGAAGACCUACAUAUCUCGACAUCCCAAUCAGAAGAUGACCAAGCAAAUGAGAUUGCUCCUCAUGGCUGCCCAGCAUCUCGUCGGAAAAUAACCCCCAAGAGUGGCUCACUUCCUUAAGAAUCUUUACCGUUGUCCUUGAAAAUUGCCUGUUUUUUCAAAUACAUUCUCAUUAAUUGA